AUGACCUCUGUUCUAUCGCAUUUCCACUUCCUACUCUCUGCCUGGCGGCCCCUGAAUACCAGUUAUGUCUCCCAGGGCUUUUAUGAACCGGCCGUGAACGUCACGCGGAUCCUGCGGGCACCUUCCGCAGUCUUCUUACGUUACAAGGAUGGAGUCUACGCUAUUGAUGCCGACAAGGAAUUCGACAGCGCCAACAUUCUCAUGAACCUUGGCAGAUCUAUGGAAAAGCUACUCACGAUGCCGACUGAAGAGUUCGAGCGAUACCGAAAAUCCAGUAGCGACAAAGUUACACCCGAAUCUGUAGCUCCUGAGUCUUUCCAUUACAGCACCUGUGGGAACUUCUUGAUGAGGGCACAACUCGACGCCCAUGACCCCCGACUUCCAGGCACCGGCAUGUUUGACCUGAAAACGCGUGCUGUGGUGUCCAUCCGGAUGAACACAAGGAACUACGAUCGUGGAAUUGGAUACCAGAUUAAAGGCCGAUUUGGAAUAUUCGAGUCGUUUGAGCGAGAGUACUUUGAUAUGAUCCGCGCAGCCUUCAUGAAAUACUCCCUACAAGUUCGUGUUGGGCGUAUGGAUGGUAUAUUUGUUGCUUUCCACAACAUCAAACGCAUCUUCGGAUUCCAGUACGUCAGCCUGCCUGAGAUGGAUUUGGCUCUUCAUGGCCAAACGGAUACAGUUCUUGGGGAUACAGAGUUUCAGCUCAGUGUCUCCCUGUGGGACAGGAUACUGGCCAAGGCGACUGAAAAGUUUCCGAAACAGUCAAUACGCUUCCACUUUGAAACUCGCGACACUAAAACACCGCUCAUGUACGUCUUCGCAGAGCCCAUGACGGAGGAACAAAUCAAUGGGAUUCAAAACCGCAAUAAAGAAGAGAUCGAGGCUAUACAGAAGAAGCUAUUGUUCUCAGAGGAAGAUGAGCCUGAUCGCGCUAAAGUCGAAGCUAAAGUUGAAGCUGAAGAUGAAGCCGAAGAUGAAGCUGAAGAUGAAGCUGAAACAGCUUCGUCAGAAACCCUCGGAGACCUCAGCCUUAAAGAUGUUGCUAGUAAUGCUACCGCUCCAGAAGAUCCCGCCAAUAAAGAAUUAUUCGCCAUUGCCAUCACCAUCCGCAACAAGGUAAAUGGUAGGUAUGUCGAACGACCAGUGGCUUUCAGCACAAAGGACAAAUGGGAUCUCGAGUAUACAUUUACCCAGUUUGAUAGUCCCGAGCAGGCGAGACAGAUGUACGCAGCGUGCCAGAGACGCAGGGAGCGUAGUCUGACAUUCGAGGAGGAAGACGAGGAUAGCGCGUACCAUGCCAAGCUGUAUAGGCUCAGUGAGGAGGGUAGGGUUUGGCGGCAGAAGGAGGAUAAGAUUGAGCAGGAGACUGGAACGAUUGUUCUGCAAUAA